CCCGCCGGCUCCGCCUUCUCCAUUCUCGGCCUGUGGCACCUCUUCAAUACCGCUGCCUCCUAUCGUCUCUCCGGUCACUCUUCCUUCUCCUCCCGCAUCUGGUUCCCUUCUCCCUUCAUCAAACACCUCGAACUCCUCCUACUUCUCCUGCUCUCCCUCGUCUCCACUACUCUCCUCCUCUUCCUCUCUCCCUCUUCCGCCCCAUCCGACCUCGAACACGCUACCAUGUUCCUUCACCUCUUCAUCUACUCCUCCGCCGCCCUUGCCGCCGACCUCCUUCCCUCCCCUUCCUCCUCCUCUAUUGCCGGCCUCCUUGCUGCAUCAGCUUUCGCUCAAGAGCUUCUUCUCCUACAUUUCCACUCCAUCGAUCAUGCCGGUCUAGAGGGACACUACCAUGGUCUCAUGCAAAUUGUUGUGGCCGCGUGUUUAGUGUCGACGGCGGCGACGGUGGGAUUUCCGACUAGUUAUGUGGCGGCGGCAGUGAGGUCGGCGGCGGUGGUGAUGCAGGGGAUGUGGUUUGUGUGUAUGGGGUUGGUACUGUGGGGUCCGAAAAGUCUUUUACCAGCGGGGUGUGCGGCAGAGGGAGGGGUGGUGCUGUGUGCUGGUGGCGAGGCGGCGGUAACAGCGGCGGCGAACGUGCAGUUUAGUUGGAUGGUCGCGGGGAUAGCAACGAUAACGGCGGCAGUUUGUUUGGUGCCCGAGGGAAACGGGGAUGAGUAUAGGAAGUUAGGGAACGAUGGGAGGAAUUCCGGCU